ACAGCUCACUGUUUCUCGGAAGUCUAGUCCGAACAAGAUGUCUUUGAAGCCCCUUCUGUUGCUCGCGGUAACUUUGGUGGCAACAAAUGCCCAACAACAGCCAGAUCCUAAGGUGAUAGAAAUGCUUGAACAGAGGAACUGGAAAAAGUAUACACAAGAAGUCGGGCUUGAGGCUUUCAAAUGGACUGCUAGCGUAUCAGGACAACUCUAUAAUGAAUCAGCAUGGUUGUCCGAGAGAAACAAUAUUGUCGCAAUGAAAUCCCGGGAUAGAGAUAUCAGGAAGAAGGGAUACGAGAUAGUUGAUUUUAUGACCGACCUUGCAACGGGAGAAGUGGCGAUUCGAAUCAGGGUUCCUACCUCAAUUACCGCCCUUCCAGCUUCCAUGGUUGAUCCACAGAUGACUAGACGAGAGAAGAGACAGAAACUCAGAGACCUGGUUAAAGACAGAGAUCGAAUGUGCUUCAUUCAUUCAGAUCCAAGACUUACUCUCGCAGCUGUCAAGGCCGAGCUCCAGAAACGUUCUACUGGCGGUUCAGUCCAAAUGGGCAUUCCUCAACACUUUACUGUAAAAGAGAAAAACCGCAUCUUAACACAGAAUCUUAAAAGUCCGCUAAUCACUAGUUUCUGUACAAGGUCUGCUGAACACAAUAAUAACUUCAGACUUGAAAAAGGUGCUCCUGUCGCAACCCCAACUUCAACUUACCAGGAAGUGAAAUUCAUGGGUCAGAUAGACACAGCGCAGGCUCGGGCAUCAGUUCCAUAUACCUUACACAUUGAACAACAAAUUAUGAAUGGUGUCACGUCAGAGCCGGUUUAAUUUAGAAAACUUUUUACAAGCAAUCGUACCAAUGUUGAAAAAUGAAAAAUGAAGUUAGAUUAUAAUUCUACCAAAUCAACUGCAUACUGAGGUAUCACAUGCCCUCACCACCCACCCUAUUUUGGGCUGGGAGAUUGGAAUAUUUCCUUUACAUUGUAUUAAAACAUUGUUCAUUAUUGUUGCUUUAAAUGCUGAAUCACGUGAUGACCUACAUCUCUUUAUCUCAUCUGAAAUAAAUGAAAAAAAA